AGAAUUUAAAAACACUGUCAGAAAACACUUCUACCGAUGAUGAUAACAAAGUUAAUCCAUCUGAAAAACAAAAUGUUAAAAUCAUGAAAAUCAAUGAAUUGUUGGAAUCAACCAUUGAUUUGGAGUCUUCUAUUACUCAGCCCUUAUCUUCAUCAAUUCAAUCUUCUAGUUCUUUCGUUCAAUUUAAUGAAAAUAAACCAUUAAUUAAAUCGAUUAUUCCUGUGGAUGAACGAAAAAAAGAAUCAAUGGCAAAGAAAGAUACGAUACUUAAUUGUUCACCAAGUGUGGUUGAUGGAUCAGUGAAAUCCAAGGAUACGGUUAUAUUAUAUAACCUCUUUAAUUUAUUUGUAACUGUUUUAAGUAAAAUUUGUAAAAACGAUGAUACUACGAGUACUAUGUAUUACAGUUUAUCUUAUAAAUCAUGUACAAAUAAAGAAUGUAUAAAAUAUUUAAUUUAACAAAUAACAUAGGUAUCUAUGUAG